AUGCCCAAAGGACGAUUGGUCGACUUCCUCGAGCAGCCAGACCGCUUUGUGCCCAUUUUCGACUCGAUCACGAGCUACCUGGAGCCAGCCGAUAUAGUCAAACUGGGACGUGUCUCUCAAAAGCUGGGAGGGGUCUACUCGAAGGCCCAGCAGACACAGUGGAACAUCAAUACUGCACUGCAGAAGUUCUUCUUAGACCCCAUCAAGUUCCGCAACAAGCUGGGCGAGGCUUCAGGCAUUAUUUCCGGCAGGUUUGCCCUUGACUUCUUGGAUCGGCGCCCCACG